UAAUACGUAGAAGAUAAGAGAAGAAGUGAGAAUCUAGAGAUAGAGAGAGAGAGAGAGAGCACGAUGACAACUGUUGUUGGAGGGAUUCGCGAAGGGAACUCGGCCAACAACCUGGAGAUCGACAGCCUUGCCCGAUUUGCAGUGGAGGAACACAACAAGAAAUCGAAUUCACUAUUGGAGUUUGGGAAAGUGGUGAACGUGAAGGAGCAAGUUGUUGCUGGAACUGUAUACCAUAUAACACUGGAGGCACUUGACAAGAAGGUUUAUGAAGCCAAGGUCUGGGUCAAGCCAUGGAUGAAUUUCAAGGAGCUCCAAGAAUUCAAGCUUGCAGAUUAAAUCUCUAAUCUAUCUAUCUAUAUUGCAUCUAUUGAAUAAAUAAAACAAAACCCUCUUGCAAUGCUUAUUAUGUAUGUUCAUCCAAUAUGUCAAAUUAUGAAUUUUCUAAAUCAGGAACAUAUUGUA